CAGGAAAUGUUUUAAUUUGAACAUUUACAAUUCCACGACAGGUGGCAAACUCCAUCUCCUGAGGAAGAUCGCGUGAAAUGAUCAAACACUUCGGGAGCCAAUGGCCUCUCCCACUUCUAUGUACUCUGGCCAUGUGUGACAUUACUGAAUAUGACGGGCACCAGGACCCAGAGGAGAUCUGCGGCGGACAGCGAUAAACAUGGCGGACGAAAACAAGGCAGACACCGAAGGGAAGUUCUUUAGUGAAAUAUUAAGUCCAUCUGAACUGUUUGCAGCCCGGUCCAGGAGUCACAAGAUCCCGGUCAGAGGACAGAAGGACUUCUUCCCCAAUGACUCAGACGAGCAAAGACGGCGGCUUGAGCAGAGUCUGAAUGAGCACUGGAGCCUCCUAUCAGAGGAGAGAGUGGAGAAGCUAGGAAACCUAGUGAAGGCCGCAUGGAUUCCAAGUGAGCAGAUAGUGGAGCUUCAGUCUCCAGCUGGAAAGUUUUGGCAGACGAUGGGCUUUUCUGCCAGCGGCAAGCAGUAUCUCCUCCCUGAAGAGGCUCUCUACCUGAUGGAGUGUGGAAACCUGCAGGUGUUUUACCAGGACCUGCCGCUGUCCAUCCAGGACGGGUACGAGAAAUUUUUGUCCUCGAGCACAGUGAGCCUCCAGCAAUAUCAGGUGUUCGGGCAUUUGAAGAGGCUUGGCUAUGUGGUGCACAGAUUCGAUCCCAGUUCGGAGCCAUUGUCCUAUGCGAGGCAGCUGAACCUGCCUCAGUCACGUGACAGAGCAGGGAGACAACUGAAGAGGAAGCGCAGCCCCAGCCCCACCCCCACCGCAACACCCAGUCAUACUGAAGUACAAGAAGAAUCCACAACUGACAGAAUGGAGGAGGAUAAAUGCGUUCAUGAAGGUGAGGAGGAUGAAACACUUCCUGAGUCACACCUGAUGACAUCUCCAGGGACUUCAGGGACCCAGACUGCUGCUGCAAGUUCAGCAGACAAAGGUGGGGGCAGGACCUGGUGGAUGACUGAUGUUCUCGGGGACCAAUCGGAUCACCAGCCCGCCCCUGGUUCCUCACAAUGGGACUUCAGCUCAAUCCCUUUCCCAGACCUGGGCUCCAGGGAGCGCCUCUCCAGCUGCCUGGCCCCUCCAAACCCCUCUCUGCUCCCUGGGUCUUUAGCUGUGGGAGUCUGUGACGUCGCCCCCUGGAGGCAGAGAAUAAACCUGCGGAAGGUGAAGAUGUCCUCAAAGGAGCAGAAGAGGGAAAAGGACAAGCAUAGGCGCCGGUGGGAUGUCAACAAAGACAGAGAGGUUCGGCGGUGCAGAAACUGGGCAGAGUAUCGGGAGCUCCUGGCGGGGCGGCAGCGGAGGCGUAAAGGCCGACCAGCACACUUGUGGAACAGGGAAGUCACUCCUUUACAUGACCCAAGGCAACCAAUCCCCACUGGGGAGCUGUUGGAUAAAAUCAGUGUGAUUAAAUCUUCACAUUUACUCGAGGGAGCAUCCAGGUUAAAAGGGUCAGAUGAGUGGAGGAUUUGUUUCAGUGUUUACCAACCUGAUACGGUGGCUGACUUCAAGAAAAGCAACCCGGGGAAACCGUACUCCCGCAUGUGUGUGUGCAGUUUCGACGGCCCUGUGCCUGACCUGCGAGCCAUCAAGCUGCUGGCCUUCCAGAGUGGAGACAUCCCAGUGGUCUUUGCUGUGGUGGACCACGGAGACAUCUCCUUCUACACCUUCAAAGACUUCCAGCUGCCCACUGAUGUGUACCCGUCACCUCACUGCUCUUUAACAUCGCUGUAAAUCAUGCACCAAUACGAAUCCAGGACUUUUAAACUAAUCUGCAUCUGUUGGGUUGGCUGGACAUCCAAAAAUAAAAAUAUAUCCAAUCCUUGAUGUCACAGAUGAAAAAAGAAAUUCCUGAAAAAGUUUUUUGUGUGUCUGGCCAGUGAUUUACAAUGGGAGGGUAGUUUUAGAGCCCAAGUUUCAAUCCCAAGGUUUUUUGAUACUACGUCUGAGCUGUGCCAAAGUUGGACAUUUUCAAAUUCUACACAUAGUGGCUUUAAUGCACCAGUAGCAAAAAUGCGGGUUUAUCAGUUUCCAGGCUUUGUUUUCACUUUUGACAUAGUGCUGUUAGAGAGAAAAGGUAUUUGUCCUUUAUUCAUUUUGGGGCCCACAGACCAUCAGAGUGACUUAUAUGAACUAUUAAGCUGACCAGACUAGUUAUUGUUUAUUUUCUGCAGCAACAACAACAUGACAGAUUGACCACUUUAUUCCUAGUGGGAAAGAAAUAUUUGCUACAACACCCAUGCCACAAAGAAUCUAGUCCCAUAAACAAGAAAAGACACUCACAGUAACGCCAGCUGCUGCAAGAGCGGCGCCAUCUUUAGAUACUUGUUGUAAGAAGAGUUUGUGUGCAAAAAUGAAAUCAAGUAAUUUAGUGCAAAAUAUACAGUAUCAGUUUUAGUGACGCUGUUUUGUUUUUUUAAUUUAAAGAUACACUCCUGGAUUCAGUUACAGCACUUAAUACCACCUCCGCAUGUCCCUCCAGCCCCUUUCAGCGCACUCAUCAGCUGACUUUCAGAGCAUCAGCAGCGAGCUGCGAGGAAAAUGUUGGAAUCUGAAUGCACUUUGUAUUAAAGAAGCGUUACAGUUGAUAUUUUAUUGAGGGUAUUCCAGGGACAGGUUCAAAACUGCAGACUGUAUGAGCUGCCUGUAUUCUGAAGUUACUGUCUCCAUACACACAGUUAUAAUUUAUGUAAUGUACUCUGUUUGAGAGGCCAUGCUCAAAUGAACACUCCGAGUGAACUUCUCUGUUCGAGAAGCGUCACUGGUUUGUCAUGCAAACUCCUAUUGCAUUAGCAAAAUUAGAAAUAUAACUUUUUAACAAAUUUAUCUUUAAGGUCCACUUAGUACAUUUUUUGGGGGGGGCUUUCAUCGACCUCUUCAUCAGCCGCUAUGCUGAUAAAGAACGAGUUAGUAAGUGGACCUUGAGUUAAGAUGAAUUUGUCAAACUGUUAACAAGAUUAAGAGUGAAAUUUGAUGCUCAAGUGAAAAUAUAACAUUUGCACCAAGACUGAAAGUCCUUUGUGCAGUUGGUAAAACAAUCUCACCACAGGGUCCAUUAGUAGGUGUUCCGGAGCUUUCUAUCUUAUCACACAGUCGUCCACAGCAGAUGACGUUUUCCCGAUGGUCGUGGAAUUGUAGAUUUUGAACUAUCUGUUACCAACGCUUAGUGAUUAUGUUGGUUCCUGUCUGAAGUCACAAUAGGGGAAAUGUUUUCUAUCUGUUGCAUGCAAACGCAGGAGACUUAACAUACUGAAAUGUGCAGAUGAGAUAUUGCUGUUCACGUCUUUUUAAUUGCAGGGUUUUUUUUCACAUUUUCAAAUAAAAAAACCUGGAAUCA